GGUGGACAUGUGUUUACUUAAGCUCUGUGGUGAAGUUUAAAGUACAGGCUAUAUACCAGGGCAUGUGGACUCAGUCGUUAUUCUAGUGUACCCCCUUCAUUACCUGCUACAAUACUUCCAUCCUCUCGCCCUGUCCUAACCCACCCGAUGAUGAGUUACCUGGGUAUAGCCUUGGUUUUGGGGCUGCUGACGGGGGCAUGGGCCCAGUUGUUGCUGCAUAACGUGACCCGUCCUCCCUGCGACUCGCCCGACGUGGAAGCUGCAGCCCUGGUGGCCCAGGAUUACCUCAACAGCCAGCACACCCACGGCUACAAGUACACCCUGAACCAGAUCGAUGACAUCAAGAUCAUAACCAAGGUGAGCCAGAGCUGGAGCAUGGAUAAUAGAAUAGUUCACAGAGUCACAUAUAGAUACAUCUCUAUAUGGCUAAUCUCUAGAUUGGCAUAGAUGUAUGAUACAGUCUAGUGUAAUGUCAAACAUAGCAACAUUCAUUAUUAUAGACCGUAUUAGAAAUACCCACCUCAGUUAGAUUGGACUUCUGUACUCGCAGAAUGAGGUGGAAUUAUUGUUAUGUUGUUUAAGUACGAAAAACAACAAGUACGAAAAUGUUUGCACUCACUAACUGUAAGUGGCUCUGGAUAAGAGCAUCUGAUAAAUGACUAAAAAAGGUAAAUGUAAAGACAAGAUACAUUUUCAAGUUUAUCUUAUCAACUACCCAGGUCCUACCAGUCUACAGUUUUGCAGAUGUUUGAGACGGAUAAAAUUGACAUGAUUCAAACAAAAAUGUACACAUUUUUAUUUCGGUUUUGUUUACCCUAGUGUUGUCUGAACAUCCAACAUCUAAGGAGAAAUACACGUUUUGAUACAAAGCCCCUUUUUUUCUUCUUCUUGUGUUAACCUCUACAGUUAGCCCUGGAGCUGCAUUCAUGGUUAUCUCUGAGUGGAAGUACUGAUCUAGGAUCAGUCUCACCUUUUAGAUUAUAGUGAUUGAGACUAUAUGGACGAGGGGGGGGGGGGGGUGUGUGUGUGAGGGGGAUCUGAUCCUAGAUCAGAACUCCCACUCUGAGACAUAGAUAUAAGAUAUAAGAUAUUCCCUUUGCAGUCAUGCUCUCCUGUGUUGCUCCAUAGCCUGAUGGAACAGAGACCUACGUGAUGGAGGUGGACCUGCUGGAGACCACAUGUCAUGUUCUGGACCCCACACCUGUCGCCAACUGCACCGUCAGACCGAAAGUGGCCACAGUGAGGCCAAUUCUCCACUUUAUUAAACAGAUGUUGUAUACUAUGUAGUUAAUUCCGAUGGAUCAUUGGUAAUGUUGUUUGUUGUUGUUUUAGGCAGUGGAGGGAGAUUGUGAUGUGGUACUGAAAAAGGUUGGAGGAGUUAUGUCUGUCACAGCUUUCAAGUGUAAAACUGAAGGUAUGCAAUCUUCAUGUCAGAUUUUUUUCAAUCUAGCCCAGUGAAUUAUACAAUGAAUUAUACAAGGAACGUGAAUUUCACAAUCACGUUCCCCAGGCAAACAAAGUAUAAUCAACACAUUCUGUGAACAAAGUCUGACAGCUACUGACAGGAUAGGUACCACAGAAGUGGGAAGGUGAGAUCCCACUGGGCACACACUGGUUGAAUCAAUAAUAAUAAAAAUAAUAUGCCAUUUAGCAGACGCUUUUAUCCAAAGCGACUUACAGUCGUGUGUGCAUACAUUUUUGUGUAUGGGUGGUCCCGGGGAUCGAACCCACUACCUUGGCGUUACAAGCGCCGUGCUCUACCAGCUGAGCUACAGAGGACCACAUUUCCUCAAGGAAAUUACAUUGAACCAACGUGGAAUAGAUGCUGAAUUGACGUCUGUGCCCAGUGGAAUAUAUUCACACACACACACACCAAUACACUCACCUCCUCUCUCUAUCUGGUACCAUGUAAAGAAUCAACGGAGGACCUCUGUGUGGGCUGUGCUUCACUCCUUCCCCUUAACGACACUGCAGGCCUGGCCGUGGUCUCUGCCUCGCUGAUCAACUUCAACAAUAAGACAGGCAAAGAGUCAUUGUUUGCAAUCAUGGAAGUUGGACGCAUGUCAACUCAGGUAAACAUAUUUUUUCUAAUCACAUGAUCAUCAUGUAGGCAAGAGCAAAAAAGUUACAUUCAAGUUGCCAGCAGUCUUUAGGCAUUUCUCAAUCUUUUAAAAAGAGUAUGGUCAUGUUUUUUUAUGCCCAAAAAAGGGCCAGUUUCCUGCACACAGAUCUAGGCUUUUUCUGUGUCCAGGAAACUAGCCCUAAAUAUAAAAGUGAAGAAGGGCUCCAUUAGACAGGUUGAUGUAGUACCUCUAUCUCCUCUGUUGGAGCAUAUUCCUCCCAUAUACUAACUGUGACAAAGCUAUAGUGGAAAGCCCUUAUGUACGUCCAUUCUGUUUGCAGGUUGUAUCUGGUGGAGCCAGAUACUUAGCGGAAUACGUUAUAGUAGAGACUAACUGCACCGCUGAUGACAGUGAUGACAACUGUGUGCCGCUGACCCAUGCUAUGGCAGUAAGUAUACAUUAUAUCUUGGAAGGAGGAAUGCCCAAACCUGCAUUCAAAUGCCCAUACUAGCAUACCACUUAGAAUGCACGCCCAACACAUUUUUUUCAUUCUAGGUGGUAUGAUAGUGUGGUUAUUGAAACAUACUCAAUGUAUUUAAUCAAUACCACCAUGUGACAAGCUAACAAGCCACGUUUAAUUUAUCUUUCAGCAACGUGGCUUUUGUCAAGUUGCAGGUGUGAGUUCUUCGCACUCAGUCGACUGCAGUAUAUUUGCUGCAUCUUCAAUGGUAAGUAGAUGACUUGUUGUCAUAGAGUUAUUAAUUUCUCUUCUAUACUCUAUAAAGGCUAUAUCUUAUUUGAACCGAACAAUAAAUGCCAUCUAUGAAAACAAACCAUUGCACUGACACAGUACUUUGACAACCUGUCUCUCGUUCUAAUGUACAGAUGCCCAUCGUGGACACCAAUGGCACAGUCCCGGUGCCUGCGCCAGUGGUCCACGUCCACGCUGGUAACCUCCCCAAGGUCCACGGCCUAAGGCACCACAAACUCACCGCCCUCCACGACCCCGACCUCAGCGGCCUUCUGUCUGCAGAGUCUGGCGAGUCUGGCGAGUCUGACGAGUCCAUAGUGCCUGUGGUCCCCGUGAUUGUGGUCCCUGUAGGUACCGAAGCGUCCCCUGUGGUUGUAGUCGAUCCUGCUGUAGGCAUGGACGCACCUGUUGUAGCUGGGGUGGUGAAGAGGGAGGCCCCGGGACCAGUGCCAGACAGCCCAGCUAUUGUGCUGGCACCUGUGCGAGUGUGCCCAGGGAAGAAGAAAUUUUUCUGAGAAGCGUUCAGACUCUUUACUGUCGCAGUCAUCAAACUGCGUGCAGCGGCCCACUACAUGAUCAUAGAAUGGCACAUAAGGGCUUGAGUCUACUGAGUUUUUAUUUUGCUUUUACAAGACCGUCAUCAUCAAUUGGUUAGGCAGAGAUUUACUACAUCUUUACUAAACUAUUUGUUUAGGGGGGUUGUCAUGGUUCUAAACAUGUGGGAGUUACAAGUAAGGGUUCAAAUGUAGUUAAUAAGGGUUAAUUUCCCACGCUUAAUGCGCAAUGGUUGUAUGUACUCGGAACUGCUCUGUAUCUAGGGAUAAUAAAGAAUUACAUAAUUCACAGUCUUACUUUCUCAUGUGUCUUGCACAGCUAAACGAGACCCCAGCAGAAAUGGGCUUUUCAUUUAUCUGACUUUGAUGUCAAGCCCUAAUAUUUAGCCUUGCAAUGAAAUGUUUCUUUUCAGGACAACCAGGGC